AUGAAUCAUCCAAAGUUAAUUAAUCAGAUCUUAGAGUAUGGAACAGCAGGAUUCAGAACAAAGGCCAAUCUUUUAGAUCAUGUUCUUUACCGAGUUGGUAUUUUGGCUGUUCUGAGAUCAAAGUUUAAAAAAGCAACAAUUGGAGUAAUGAUCACGGCUUCGCAUAAUCCUGUUGAGGAUAAUGGAGUAAAACUGGUGGAUCCUCACGGCGAAAUGUUGGCUCCUGAUUGGGAAGUCAUUGCCACUGACCUCGCUAACGUUAGUGAUGAUCGGCUGUCGUCGUUAAUUGACUCUAUUGUACAUAAGUGGGAAAUUGAUAUAACAUCCCCAUCCAAUGUUAUUUUUGCCCGAGAUACCAGGCCAUCUGGAUCAAGUUUAUCUGCGUCAUUGCUUGAUGGAAUAAAAAGUUUAAAUUCUUCUUUCACUGAUUUCGAGAUCUUAACCACUCCUCAGUUACAUUACCUAGUACAUUCUAUCAACACAAAUGGUCUUUAUGGUACUCCAACGCCAGAGGGAUAUAUCAAAAAAUUAUCUGCUGCGUUUAAUCAGCUUCAUUCCAAUAUCAAGCAUGAGACUACACCUUUUGAGAAACCUCGGAUUUUCGUUGAUGGAGCCAAUGGUGUGGGAGCGCUGCAGGUAAAGAAGAUGUCCAAAGAGAUCGAAAGCUACAUCACUAUUGAAGUCUUCAAUGAUGCUACCAGUGGUAAACUCAAUCACAUGUGUGGAGCAGACUAUGUUAAAAUUCAACAAAAAGCUCCAGAAGGUGUACCAAUAAUACCAUAUGAACGAUGCGCCUCAUUUGACGGAGAUGCUGAUCGAGUUAUUUAUUAUUAUUUUGACAGUGAUAAAAGGUUUCACAUGUUAGAUGGUGACAAAAUAGCAGCUCUUAUUGCCGGAUGUAUAUCAGACUUUUGUGUACAAGCGGGUCUCUCCGUUGAUCUCGGGGUCGUACAGACGGCCUAUGCAAAUGGAGCGUCUACAAAAUAUUUGACAGAUACAAAAAUGUUGAAAGUUGCUUGCGUUUGUACUGGUGUGAAGCAUUUGCACAGCAAAGCCCAGGAGUUUGAAGUGGGGGUUUAUUUUGAAGCUAAUGGCCACGGAACUGUUUUAUAUAAAGCAUCAGUUAAGCAGAAGCUUAACCAAGUCAUCCAAAAUGGCUCAUCGGAUGAUUCUUGCAGAGUUGCAGCAGAAAACUUGUUGAACUUCAUUGAUUUGACCAAUGAGACAGUGGGAGAUUCCAUAUCAGACAUGUUACUCGUUGAGACGGCAUUGAAGAUUAAAGCAAUUGAUGUAUUAAUGUGGGAUGCCAUGUAUGUCGAUCUACCCAAUCGGCAACUGAAGACACAGGUCUGCGACCGAAGUAUUUUUGUGCUAACAAAUGCAGAGCAACAAGUUGUUAAACCAGAAUCAAUACAGCCAAAAAUUGAUGAGCUGGUAUCCAAAUAUAAAGAUGGCAGAAGUUUUGUCAGGCCAUCGGGAACGGAAGAUGUGGUAAGAAUUUACGCAGAAGCUGACACUCAAAUGAACGCAGAUUGGCUUGCGUAUGAAGUGAGCUUGGUAGUAUAUGAGCUGGGAGGCGGAUGUGGAAAAAAACCAACACCACCCCAUGACGGGAAGUUGUUAACAAUUGCUUAG